AUGGACGUUGAGCAAGUUCUCAAUCUCUUCGAUUCAUUCUGGUUCGAGCGUGAAAUCUUCAACAAACACCCCUUUCCAACAAACCCCCAAAACCCACGACCCGAAAAUCAAGAUCUCGACCCAUUAGAAAACUCGCCGCCAGAGGAAGCUUUCGUCCCUCGGAUUUGCCCGAGGUCCAUAAGCGAAGAUUUAAGCUCCAAAUUAACCUUUAUGUCAGAUUCAAGUUCACCCGAUUCAGUUCUCUUCUCUCCAAAGCUUCAAACGAUUCUUUCGAGCCAAGACAUGGGCGGGGAAGAGGCGCCGGAGAAGAGCCGGAGAGUAGUAAUUAGGCAGAAAAGAAAACAGAGGAGGAGAAUUGGAGGGAGAAGCAUAAGGGGGUCGGAAAGUAGAAGCCUCUCGGAGCUGGAAUUUGAGGAGGUAAAAGGGUUUAUGGAUUUGGGAUUCGUGUUCUCGGAAGGGGAUAAAAGCUCGAGCUUGGCGUGGAUAGUUCCGGGAUUGAACAGGCUGGGGAAAAGGGAUGAAGAAGAAGAAGAGUUGGGAGGUGGAAUUUCGAGACCUUACCUCUCGGAAGCUUGGGCGGCGAUGGAGGAAGAGGAGGAAUUGAAGAAGGCAUUGGUGAUGAAAUGGAGGCUUCCUGCAAAUGAGAUUGAUAUGAAAGAUAAUCUCAAAUGGUGGGCUCAUGCUGUUGCUUCUACUGUUAGAUGA